AUGGGUACCGGAAAGAAGGAAGCCGCCCGUAAGGUGCGCGAGGGAAAGCCCAGCGAUGGCAUGGGCAAUGUCAAGACCAAGGGUGAAAACUUUUACCGUGAUGCCAAGAAGAUCAAGACCUUGAACAUGUUCAAGGAUGGAAAGCCCCAACGUAAUGCUCACGGAGAGAUCACAAAUUCUGCUUCCUACCAGUCUCGUGAUGCUCCCGUUGGUCGCAUCGAGCCCAACCGGAAAUGGUUUGCCAACAGUCGAGUCAUCUCACAGGAGGCACUUACCUCGUUCCGUGACGCUGUCGCUGAGCGGGCCAAGGAUCCAUACCAGGUUCUGCUCAAGACUAACAAGCUCCCCAUGAGCUUGCUUCAGACCAAUGAUACAGUCAACGGUAUCAAGCAAUACCAGGCCAAGAUGGAGAUUGAGAACAACCCCUUCAACGAUACCUUUGGACCUAAGGCCCAAAGAAAGCGUGUCAAGUUGGGUGUGACUUCUCUGGAAGAUCUGGCUGGUGAGACUGCAAAGAUUCACGACUCAUACCUGGAGAAGAAUGACCAAGACACUCACGACGAUGGUACUCCUAUCGUUACUGCUGAUGUCGGUUCAUUGGAGGAUGCUAUCCUCACCACCAACCGCGAGUCUGUCUUCUCCAAGGGACAGAGUAAGCGUAUUUGGAACGAGCUUUACAAGGUUAUCGAUUCUUCCGAUGUGGUUAUCCACGUUUUGGAUGCUCGUGAUCCCGUUGGUACUCGCUGCCGGAGCGUUGAGAAAUACAUCCGCGAAGAGGCACCUCACAAGCAUCUUAUCUUCGUGCUGAACAAGACCGAUCUCAUCCCGACCGGUGUCGCUGCUGCUUGGGUUCGUCACUUGUCCAAGGAUUACCCUACUCUUGCUUUCCACGCCAACAUCAACAACUCCUUUGGAAAGGGUUCUUUGAUUACACUCCUCCGCCAGUUCUCUUCCUUGCACUCUGAUCGCAAGCAGAUUUCUGUUGGAUUUAUUGGAUACCCCAACACCGGAAAGUCUUCCAUUAUCAACACUCUUCGAAAGAAGAAGGUCUGCACCGUGGCUCCCAUUCCCGGUGAGACCAAGGUGUGGCAGUACAUCACCCUCAUGAAGAGAAUCUACCUCAUUGAUUGUCCUGGUGUGGUCCCACCCAACCAGAAUGAUACUGAGACUGACAUUCUUCUGCGCGGUGUCUGCCGUGUUGAAAAUGUUGAUAACCCGGAACAAUACAUCCCGGCCGUUAUGGCUCGUGUGCAGCCUCGCCACCUGGAGCGCACCUAUGGUAUCAAGGAGCCCACCGAUGCCAUUGACUUCCUUAGCCGACUUGCCCGCAAGGGUGGUCGUCUCCUCAAGGGAGGUGAGCCUGACUUGGACGGUGUAGCCAAGAUGGUCAUCAACGAUUUCCUUCGCGGAAAGACUCCUUGGUUCACACCCCCUCCCAAGCCAGCUGCUGGCGACGCUGAGAAGGAGACUAUGGAAGGUCGUGAAGGCCGUCUGGGUGAGAUGGGUCGCAAGCGUAAGCUUGAGGAGACCGAGGUCGCUCCCGAGGCUGCCGACGAUGAUGAGUCAUCUGACUCCAAGCCUGAUGAGGAAUCUGAUGGUCUUGCAGAGGAUGACAACGAUUCGAUUGCCAACCUCGAGAUCAGCGACGUGGAGAGUGGAGAGGAGGAGUGA